UAAUGCGGUGAAAAAAUGAUACCCACUUGUAUUCGUGCACCCCGAUCCAUUCAAGGCUCUACUGAUGACGUCACGCGGCAGACGCGCUCCAUUGUUCAGAUCUACACAGACUGGGCGAACCACUACUUGGAGCGGGCGCGCUCGCGUCGUCGGGCGGGCACGUCUGGUGGAGGCCUAGCCAGGGAUUGUGCUGAUGGACUGCUUCUGGCGGAUGUGCUGGAAGGUGUCACAGGGCAGAAGGUUCCGAGAGCACAUCGAAAACCGCGAAACCCUCAACAAAUGUUGGAAAACGUCCAGUGUUGUUUGGACUUCCUACACGCACAAAAAGUGCAAGGAUUGGAACAAGUGACAGCGGUUGAUAUUCGGGACGCUAAACUAAAAGCUGUCUUGGCGCUCUUUUUCGCACUGAGUCGACAUAAACAAGCUUCGAAACAGAGAACAGCGCCAUCUAGCGGCAAUGUAUCGAACGCUGGAAAGAGUGCAACCGAAGACGUCGCUUUGAGCUCCGUGCAACGAAUAACAGGUGGCAGCAGCGAUGAGAUACUGACAGCUUGCGGAAACAACGUCGAAAUGACUACUUUAACAGCAAAUAGGCAGGUGUCAGUGCUGCAGACCUCGAUACCUCUGCCGGCAUCAGCCGCGGCGGUGCGAAGAGCACCACCUGACAAGCGACCGCUACCGGCUACCCCGGUGCAUGGGGGCAAGAGCGGACUUUCAGCAAGUUCUAGUCGAUCAACGAGUCCACUUGGUCAAGGAGCUAUCAGUUUUAUACCACGGGCACCAAAUUCUUCAUCUGGAUCAAGACCCAACUCAUCGUUACUUGCACCUGGCAGUAAAAUACCAUCCACCUUAGCCCAACCUCAACAAAAUUCUCAAAAUGUCAAUAAUCAGAAUGGAACGCCAACGAAACAAUCCAUGCUAGAUAAAUUAAAACUAUUUAAUAAAGAUAAAAUUAGUAGUGAGAAGCAAAGUAGUAAAAGUACUGUUGUAUCAAAACGCACGAGUUCCUCAAGUGGUUUUUCAUCUGCAAAAAGUGAGAGAUCUGAUUCGAGCCUAAGCCUAAAUGAAUCUGCAAAUGCUACAAACACACAUAUCAAAUCAUCUAACUUAGUAGGCCCCAAAAGUAUAAAACAGCAAAAUGAUACCUUAUCUAAAGAUAAAUCAAGUAAAAAUGUGAAAACAAAAUUAGUUAAUUCCAAAGUAGUUAAAGAAUCUUCCACAAAUAUUAGUAAAUCUAAUGCUAAGUUAAAUAGUAAUGAAAAAUCAAGAAAUAGCCCGAAAUUACCUGCUCGAGAUACUAGAUUAUCUGCUCCUAAAUCAGUUAGUAACACGAAAUUAAAUCAAAUCGAUGACCAUUGUAGAAGCUCUAAAUCAAAAAUUGAGUCAAAAAUGGUAAAAGGAUCUGGUAGUCAAAUGAAAUUUACUGAUCAACGAAUAGAAAAUAGUAUGGAUGCCAAGACUUAUGAAAAUACAAAAAAUCAAUCCAAUCAAUUGCAUUCCCCUUCGCCAUCGAUUGGAUCACCAUUACCAUUACAAAAUCAUACUGGAAUUCCUAAACCAACAGCUGCAGUAAAAGGAACAUCAAAAAUAUCAAAAGAAGAAAGACAUAAUAUCAUAAACAAAAGUAUAAAUAAUCAAUUAAGUCCAAUUCAAAGCAAUUCUAGUUUAAAUUCCACAAACAAUGUUCAAUUCUCUAGAGAACAAUCUAACUUGAGUAAAGAAGUUUCACAGAAACAAACACUAGCAGUUUCUCCAAUGCCUGCUUCCAAUUCAGGAAACCCAAACCCCAAUUCUCAAAUGUCAGAAAGUUCUCAUUCAAACUCCACUCACAGUACGACAGGGCAACAAUCGAAUUCUAGUGACGGAAGUGUGAUAUACCGACCAUCAAGCGAAUCAGGUUCUGAAAUAUCAAAAAGUAGUAAUUUAGCAACUAACAGAAGGCUUGAUAUGAAUACAACAUACAUUAAUGAUGUUAUAAAUGAAGCUGAAAUAUCAGAAAAAGAAGCAGCUCAGAAGAGAAUUAUUGAUAGACCUGGUCCUAGGCCAAUAUUUGAACUAAAUAAAACCUUAACUGAGUAUGAUAAGAGUGAUAGUCGUUCAAGUACGCCUACACACUGUAGAGAUAAUUCUCUCGGAGAUGACGAGAAUCCAUUAAUGAAUGUAUUGCCUAUGAGACCUUUACUACGAGGAUACAACAGUCAUUUAACUUUACCAAUGCGAACUUCGGGCUUAGGACAAAAGAACAUUCCUGGAUAUCCGCAUCAUGCGAACACAGUUAAAGCUAAUUUCGGUCGGGAAAACAUGGGUUUGCGUGAGCGUAUGAAUUACGGUCCCGGUUUUUCUAACCCUGAUUAUUGUGACCUUGAAAUCGCCUCUGGCUAUAUGUCGGACGGUGAUUGUCUGAGAAGAAUAAACGUCAACGAAAUAGAUUGUGGGCGAAAUAAUGAUAUAAUGGAUGGAUAUAUGUCAGAAGGAGGCGCUUCUCUGUACGGGCGAAGAAUAAACUAUCAGCAACCAUCGCAGUUCCAGCUUGACGAAAGACGCAGUGGCGUUCGAAGAGGUAUGGAAGGCGGCAGUGGUGUAGUUUACCGUGUGGUAGGCCGCACUCGGAGUAAGGCCGAUUGCGGGCAACAGACUGAGAGGCAGCCACCUACCCCUAGGCAAGAUACCACGUGGAAAAAAUAUACUGACUCGCCCGGAGUUGGCGGUCCCCCAGCGAACCAACCAGCACAAACACCUCCAAGCCCGUCUCACGGCCGAAAAGGUGAGCGGCGAACUGGCCACCACUCCCCGCAGCACCACAAAAGGGAAAAGCUCACGGCUGCUCAGCAACUUGGCAUCGCGCCACAUCCUCAGUACCCAGCUCCAAAUUCAUCUAGUCAGCACUCUUCGAGAGGUGGAGGCGCUCAGUUACAGUCACCCAGUGGCCCAUCGUCUCGCCCAUCAAGUGUUUCCAGCGGCGGAAACGGUAGCACUUGUUCCUCAAGCAAGGCAAAAGUUCCUCAAAACUUUGGUUACGUGAAAAGACAAAAUGGCUCCCAGCCGCCACCGCCGCCGCCUGCUAACGGCCCACCUCAACAUGGCCAUGCUGGGAGAACAGCCCAGGUGUCAGCGGUGCCUCGAACGAAAGUCAAAGUAUCGGGUGGUACGCAAACAUGUACUCAGGAUCUGCAAAUACACAAAAACGGCAUCGGACCAAAAUCUUAUUCUCUCGGUGGUACAGCGGCUGCCCAACUGUCUGCUUCCGUGCGAGAGAGGCUACUGGGUUCGCAGUCUCUACCCAAGCCCGGUACUCACGAGUUUGCAGCGUUAUUUCAUCACCACAGGCCCGUUCCAAGAGGCGGGAUGAAAAUUAGUGACGGAAGUCUUUCUGACACUCAAACCUACUCCGAGGUGAAAUCCGACUACGGAAUACCCUACGCACCGUGGCUAAGACAUAGCAACACUUACUCGGCAAGUGGUCGCCUGUCCGAAGGCGAGUCGAUGGAGUCGCUCACGUCGCUGCAUUCAGCGCAGGCGCACAACCACACAUCAUCUCCUAACUCACAUCAUCGCAGCUCACUCACACACAAUAAGCUCAUCAUGCACCGUGAUGCACAGAGCUCCAGGCUCAACAGAAGCAACAGUAUUAGAUCUACGAAAUCUGAGAAGUUGUACCCGUCGAUGCUGCAAAGGUCGUCAGAAAGUGACUAUGAACCUUACUAUUGUUUGCCAGUGCAGUACGGACCAGGAGGGCAAGGUCUGAACUACGGUGUCUCUGAACCACCUUCGCCGUCGCCAAGGUCAGCUUUAAGUCCAACGCACCAGCCCGGAAACGUGAUGCACACUCCACGACAUUCUCACCACUAUCCCAAGAAGAACGACGAAGCGCACGGUUCGACUGCAUCUUUGGUGUCAACGGCAUCGUCUUUAGCCGCAGGCGCUGGUAAUGAAGAAAGGCAUGCACACGAGGUGCGAAAGCUGAGAAGAGAACUGGGAGACGCGAAAGAUAAGGUGCAUACGCUGACUACCCAACUCACCACCAAUGCACAUGUGGUAUCAGCGUUUGAACAGAGCCUUUCCAAUAUGACUCAAAGACUGCAGCAGCUAACAGCAACAGCAGAACGGAAGGAUUCCGAGUUAACAGACCUCCGUCAGACAAUAGAGCUGCUUCGGAAACAGUCAAUCCAGGCAGGCUUGACUACGGCGCACAUGCAGUCUAUGGGCAUUCGGGCAGAUGGCGUCAAUGUCACUGGAACGGAUUCAAACUCGUCGCAAACUCAACAGUCUUCACCACAACGGAUCGCGCAAGGCAAUGGUGCGAUCACGCGGCAUCUCUCAACUGACAGUGUCUCUAGCAUCAACAGUCUCAGUAGUGGCUCAUCGGUACCGCAUGAUAAGAAGCACAAGAAGAAAGGCUGGUUGCGCUCAUCGUUCACAAAAGCUUUCUCAAGAAAUGCCAAGAUAUCUAAAACGGCGAAGCACUCCUCCCUCGGGCAACUGUCAUCGCAAGACAGCUCUUCGGGCUCACACCACUAUGACGAUCCGCACACGAUCAGAGAAGGAAGCAACGAGAACAGUCUCGAACAUUCCCACGAAACUCUUGACAAUCCCAAAGAUAAAACGACGUGCCCUCCAGCUAACGCCGAGGAACAAACCAAAGAAAAACAAGAUCAGGCCGGGUUAGUUGAUGAAUUAAAACGGCAACUACGCGAAAAGGAUUUGGUGCUAACAGAUAUAAGACUUGAAGCGCUUAGUUCAGCACAUCAACUCGAAAGCCUUAAGGAUACCGUGAUAAAAAUGAGGAAUGAGAUGCUGAAUUUGAAGCACAAUAAUGAGCGUUUGCAACGGCUUGUGACGUCCAGAUCACUAGCAGGUAGUCAGAGCUCUCUGGGUACUGGUGGCUCUGCCGUAGAGGACCCGAGACGAUUUAGCCUUGCUGAUCAAAGUACUAUGCAUCAGGCGGUGCUAGACAUUCAUUCUCAACCUCUCAACCUAGACUUUAACUGUAUGUCUUCAACUCCGUCACGAGAUCUUUCUAAGAAAGGGUCUCCAAAAACGAGUAUAGGGGAACCGAUAUACGGUAAUAAAGCCGUUUGCGAACUCAACGAAAACAAUGAAGCCUUAUUGGGAGCUUUAAAUGGUGCGAGUGACAUAUUUACAAACGGUUUGAGCGCCGGAGACAGGAUAAGUGGUGAUUACGAUAUCAAUACAGUGCUACCGCCCCCUAAAAGCCGUGAGUUAGCGAUAGGAGAAAGCUAUUCAGAUAUCGGUGUCGCCGACAGUCAAGGAGAUACGACGGAUGGAAAGAAAAUAGCAAUCGCAGUAUAUUUGGGUCAGCCAGAAACAUUCCAAAGAUAUUUUGAAGAAGUGCAAGAUACUCUUACUGAGUCAGAGUGCAGAUUUUACGCAAAACAAACAUCUAGCUCAUACAACAACCAUUUCGAUAAGCAGCCGAGCUUUGAAUCGCCGCGAAUCUCUCAAACUCAUAGUCCCGAAAUAGAAGCCCAAGAUUAUCCCCAGUCUAUUAAUAAGUCAAACACUAAUAGCCUUAAAAGUAAUAAAUCGACACACAGUAAUUCUUAUAAGAACGUGUACAAUAGUGAUUCGACAAUAAAUUGUAAUGAGUUUACAAUAGCGUACACGUAUAUAUCUGGCAAAACAACUUGGCAGAAUUUAGACUAUAUAGUUAGAAAAACGUUCAAGGAUUACCUAUCGAGGAUAGAUCCUGGAACGAAUCUCGGGUUGAAUACGGAUUCAAUAACAUCCUACCAUUUAGGAGAAGCGACCCGCGGCCCUGAAAUUAGUUUUCCCGAGUUAUUGCCAUGUGGCUAUAUUAUUGGGACCGUAAAUACAUUGUACAUUUGUUUACAAGGAGUAGGGAGCUUGGCGUUUGAUAGCCUCAUACCAAAAAAUAUUGUAUAUAGGUACGUUUCACUUUUAUCUGAGCACCGGAGGGUUAUACUGUGCGGGCCGAGCGGUACAGGGAAAUCAUAUUUGGCGGCGAAAUUGGCGGAAUUUUAUGUACAGAGAACGCAGCGAAGAGGAAAUCCAGUAGAAGCCGUGGCAACAUUCAACGUGGACCGUAAAUCAUGUAACGAGCUGCGAGCGUACCUCGCCAACAUCGCAGAACAGUGUAGCGGAGCAGCGGCCGGCGAGGAGGCUUUACCCGCAGUGGUCGUCCUAGAUAACCUACAACACGCAUCAGCGCUCGGCGAUGCGUUCGCUGGCCUGUUACCACCAGAUACCAGAAAUAUGCCUGUCAUAAUAGGCACAAUGUCGCAAGCAACGUGUAACACAACAAACCUUCAAUUGCACCACAACUUCAGGUGGCUACUCACUGCCAACCACAUGGAACCUGUAAAGGGAUUCUUAGCAAGAUAUCUCCGCCGAAAGCUAUUUUCUUUGGAGCUGAGGUUGGGCCGGCGCGAGCCAGCAUUGGCAGCAGUUUUGGAAUGGCUCCCAGGAGUGUGGUCGACACUUAAUGCCUUCUUGGAAGCCCACUCCUCUAGCGAUGUCACCGUUGGACCAAGGCUGUUCCUAGCCUGUCCUAUGGAUUUAGAAGCUAGCCAGGCAUGGUUCGCGGACGUUUGGAACUACAGCAUAGUGCCGUACGCGUCGGAGGCAGUGCGUGAGGGCGUAGCGCUGUACGGGCGGCGAAGGCAUGCAGCAGUCGACCCUCUGCAGCACGUUAAGUCCAGUUACCCGUGGAGAGAACCUAACCAUUCACACACCUUGCGACCAAUUUCGGUAGAAGAUGCUGGCAUGGAAGAUGCUAAUCAAGACGCAAACACCAACAAUAAUCAAGACCCUUUGUUAAAUAUGCUAAUGCGACUUCAGGAAGCAGCAAACUACAGCGGAAACCAAAGCCAGGACUCUGAUAAUGCCAGCAUGGACUCGAAUCUCACCCACGACAGCUCUAUGGGCAACGAGCUUUAACGCAACACGUCCAGAUUAAUGAUAUGAAUUCCAUCGUUUAAAGAUAAAACUACUGUUCAUUAUGGCAGGCAAAAGACAAUAAAAUGUGUUGUCUAUGACAGCUAAUGCUGUUCUACGUUAUUAAUAAUUUAAUAGAGUAUUAAAAUAUUUGUGACAUGUAUACAAUUAUACAAUAUAAUAUACCUACACACCAACUUAGUUCCUUUAAUUUCUAAAAAAAAAAUAUAAAAUACAUUAUCUAUAAGUUAUACAUCAACUCUGCUGAUUCUGAUCCUUAAAAAUAAUUAAAAAUGGCAUAUUAUAUACUUGAUUUUUGGACUAUAAAAUAAGUGCAUUUAAUACUGUCACAUGUUAACUAUAUUAUACAAAGCCAAAUAUUUGCCAUAUGUACAUUAUUUCUAUUUAUUUACGAAAUUAGAACGCUUUAGUUUACUCUUUAGGUGCUUUAUAUUCUUGUAAAUUGGUAUAGGUCUUAUAAAAAUAUAAAUAUUUUCUUUUUCACUACGAAAGGAUUAGCUCUGCAUAUUUGUAAAUGACAGCAAAUAUCGUAAGCAAGAGUGCCAGCCUUUCUCUAUUUCAAAGUUUAAAUAUGAAAUUUUUAACAUUUAUGUUAAAAACUUUACUUAUAACGAUGAUAUUAUAAAACUUUCGAAAAAAUCUACUAGUGCCUGAGCGAGGUAUUCCAUUAAUGUGAAAUACUUUAACAGUGUAGAACUGUUAAUGUUUAUAUAAAAAAAACAUUGUGGCUUUUACUAUUGUUAUAUUUUUUCAAAGUUAGGAUAUCGACACGUUUGUAUUACUAUGAUAAUAUUGUAUGUAAUAUAUUAUUAUGAAAGUGUAAUUUUUAUACCAUUUUCGUAUAAAACUCAUGUACCUAAUAAUAAUAAUAAGCUGUAAAUAUAACAAAAUGUUUAUUAAUAUAAUUUUUUUCUAUGUGACAACACUAACCAUUAUGCCAUAUAAUUAUACAGCGUUGAUUUUGUAUAGAGAUGUGUAAGUAACUAAAUGUUACGGUGUUUGGUAUGGAUUUACUUGUGUGCAUAACAGAAACGUGAUAUCUACAAUCUAUGCUUUACAGAAAUUGUGAAAAUAAACAUUGAUUACAUUAA